AUGUCCGGAUAAAGACAAGAGAUAGAAUAGAUGAAGUAAGGUUCCAAAUUAGCUAAAUCAAACAAAUAAACAUUAAAAAGAACAGGGACGAUUUUAUCUGAGAAAACUAGUUCUUUUGAAGAUAGUCGAGUAACCUUGUUACUUUUUGAAAAAUACCGUAUUGUAGAGAUGACUAGAUUUUGUGUUAUAUUUGCAUGCUAAAUACUAGCUAUCUUAUAGGUAUACAUCUAAUCCUAUAGUUUUCUCUUUUUUCAGUAUGAAAGCUCUUUUCAGGAUCAAUUCGAACAGACUUUUGACAGUGAGACAACUCUGCUCCUUUACCUAAUUUUCUUUUAGACAAUCGUGGCAAGUAAAUUGUAUAUUUGUCAUAGUCACUCUUACUUUAACCUCCUAUUAAGUUCUAUUAGCUUACCAAAAAAAGGCUAUGAUGGUUACCCCAUAGGCUAGUCUUCUAGACUCCAAUCUUAUAUAUGGCCUUAUAAUCGAAGUACUAUUGAUGAUCCCUUCUCCUACUCCUUUUACAUAGAGAAUAAAGGUUCCAUUUCAUGAACGUUACACAGAUACUCCACGCUACUAUUAUGUGAAUGAAAUUCUAACAUACAUUCUUACUUGCCGAGUGGUCUUAUUAAUCAAUAUUGCACUCAAAUUUUAAGCAUUUUACAAUAGUUAAAUUGGAAGAUUAUGGUUAACUACUUUCAUUCUAUUUUUAGCCGACUCUAUUCCACAGAUUUCGAUACACAUUUAGUAUUCAAAAUAUGCAUGAAGGACAUCCCUGGGUUUACAUUGAUGGGUCUAUUUGGUGCUGGAAUGCUGUUAUUUGGAUAUAGCAUGGAAAUUGCAGAAAGAGCUCUUCUACGUGAUGAAACUUCAUUUAGUGAUUACAAUGUAGGCAAAUCACUUUGGGUCACUCUUAUAACUAUUGCUACUGUUGGUUAUGGUGAUUUCUAUCCAACUACAGAUUUAGGUAGAAUAUCAAUGGCUGUUUGUGUUUUUUGGGGUGUUUCUAAUACUUCUCUUUUUACUGCCAUGCUCUACUCGAUGUUGUAAGCAGAGACCAGUGAAGAAUUAGUUUGGGCAUUGCUUGAAAAAGCAAAUGUGAGGAACAUAAUGAAGGCUUGUAGUUAAUAUUUGUUUGUCAGGAUACAAAGACUAAAACUUAAAGCUUAGAAUUAAAACACCAAUGAUAAAAGUCAUCUUAAAGAAUAAGUAGAGUUGAUUCAAGAAACUUUAAAAGCAAUUAGUUAAAUGAAAAGAUAAUACAGAGAUAUUGAUGGAGAAGCUACUAUGGUGAUGGCAAAGAGGAAGUUCAAAGAUAUCAACAACAUGUUUGAAGAACAUCUUUCUAUUUUGAAAGAAUCUAAACGAUUGCAAGUUCUCUCAAGCAUCAAUUACUAAUAUUGUUAUGAAUCUAAUGUUAAUUCAGGUACAAAAAACAAACAAAGCUCCCCACACAUUUAAACUUAUCAAACUGAUGACAAGUAAAGCAAGGACGAAGCCUUUUUUGCCAAUUUGUAAGAUAAUGAAUCCAAUCUACUAUUAAUGGACUUUCGUGAUUGA